CAAGUACCCCAUGAGGCUUAGCAUUUAAGAGGGUGAAACUUCCCCACUAGGUAAAAUUAAAUUGAAAGAACUGAUCUCAAUAGAAAAAAAAAAUACUUUAUCUUAGUAGGUCCUUAUCACUUUAAGUUGUUGAAAAAAAAUAGUGUAGAAUAUAAUUUUUGCAUAUACACACAGGGCUUUGAAAGUAUGUAUGAUCAGGCCGCCACCUUGCAGACCUGGGCAUGGGCACAGGCAUGGGCUGGGCAGCGCCGACAGGCGACAGGCGAGGGACCUGGGUCCAGCGGCAAGCAGGGCUGACUUUGUCUUCGUCAGACCCCAGACGGACACCUAUCCCCUCCAGAAUGAAGGUCUUCCUGCUAGCACUGCUGGCUGCCCUCCUGGGUAUGGAGCGAGCCCACUCCCUGGUGUGCUUCUGUUGCAUGAAUAAGAACAGCAAGUUUUACUGCCUGAAGCCCACCAUCUGCUCUGCAGACAACUACUGCAUGGUCAUCUCUGCAUCUGACAGCAUCAGGAACGUGGUCGACUUUGGCUACACCCUGAACAAGGGCGCUUGCUCCCCGAUUGGUCCUGGCCCGAGCGUCAAUCUCAGUGUGGCGUCUGUAGGCACCCACUGCUGCCAGAGCUUCCUGUGUAACAUCAGUGUGACCCAUGGCGGGCUGCUGGCCAGUGCCACUGUGCUGGGCCUUGGGCUCCUGCUCAGCCUACUGUCAGCUCUGCUGCGGUUUGGCCCUGACCCUGGGCUACUGUGCCCUGCCCAGACUCCCAAAGCUCAGGAAGAAAGGAAAGCCCAGCCCCUCAAGGGAUCUUGAGGCUGACCCUGCUGAUCCCACCCC